CUUCAGAGACAAGAAUCAAAACAAGCCGAGCGGACACGCCUUCGCCAUGGCUCUCGGUCUCCUGUCAGAAGAAAGCGCGCCGCUCCGCACCGCGGCGUUCGAACUCGCGCUUUAACGGCUCCGCGGGCGCGUUCUGUCUCGAGACCGACAGACACGAAUCAACGGGAGGACGAUGGCGGGCGACGGUCGCUGACGGACGGGCGGGCGCUUCUUCGACGAGCGAGCGAGAGCGCGGCCGCUAUGCCCAACCAGAAGAGCGGCAAAGGGAAGAGAAACAAGCGGACGAACAGCAGCGGCGACGAGCAGGAAAAUGGAGCCUCAGCGGCGGCGGCGGCGGUGGCGGCAGCGGCUGCGGUGGCUGCGACGGGAGGAGCGCAGGGGGCCGCCGGAGCUACAGGAGGGGCUGCAGGAGCUCCGCUGACCGAGAACAGAGACGCGCCAUGCGCCACUCCUCUGGUGUGUAGCGUGGGCCGUGCAGUGGACCUGGAGAAGGACGAAUACCAGCGGGUGCUGUGCAACAGUGAGCACUGUCCCUUUGGCAACUGGAUGCACCUGCAGUGCUUCUAUGAGUGGGAGAGCAGCAUCCUGGCGCAGUUCAACUGCAUCGGUCGCGCCCGCAGCUGGAACGAGAAGCAGUGCCGGCAGAACAUGUGGACCAAGAAGGGCUAUGACUUGGCCUUCCGCUUCUGCUCAUGCCGCUGCGGCCAGGGCCACCUGAGGAAGGACACAGACUGGUACCAGGUCAAGCGGAUGCAGGACGAGCGCAAGAAGAAGGUGCUGCCGGAGAAGAGCGGUGCCAAGGCCAAGGAGGGAGGUGCGUCUGGUGCGUGCGGAGGGGAGGCCCCGGAGGAGCCCAAGAAAGGGAAAUCGUCCAGUAAGCUGGCUCACCGAGGCUCCAACCAGGAGCUGGCGCGCCGCCAGUCUGUGGACCGGCAAAACUCUCAGGAGAGAGGCCACGCGGGUCUGACCUGCGACUCGCCUGGACAGUCGCCGCCCUCGGGUUUCUCCUUCUUCUCCCCUCAGCAGGCUGGAGGCCCGCGCAGCUCCCGGCAUCUAGGUGAGUUCCUGAAGAGCGCCGUCCACAUGGAGGGUGGCCGGAAGCACCUUUUGGCCACCCGUGGGGCCGCACACCCUGACCACGGAGCCGCAGCGGCUGGCCUAUGCCUGCCCCGCCUCAUGCCAGGCGAUAACCCUGUGCAGUUUCUGCAGAGGCUGGACCUCUCCGAGCUGCUGGCGCAUAUCCCCCGCCACAAGCUCAACACCUACCACGUGCGCAUGGAGGACGACGCGCAGGCCGGCCAAGGAGAGGACCUGAGGAAGUUCAUCCUGUCGGCGCUGAGCGCCAGCCACCGCAACGUGGUCCACUGUGCCCUGUGCCACCGCACGCUGCCCAUAUUUGAGCAGUUCCCGCUGGUGGACGGGACGCUCUUCCUCAGUCCCUCGCGCCAUGACGAGAUUGAGUACGACGUGCCGUGCCAUUUACAAGGGAGGCUGAUGCACCUGUACGCUAUCUGUGUGGACUGUCUGGAGGGGGUGCACAAAAUCGUGUGUAUAAAAUGCAAAUCUCGGUGGGACGGAAGCUGGCACCAGCUGGGCACAAUGUACACUUACGACAUUCUGGCGGCUUCACCUUGUUGCCAGGCCAGACUGAACUGCAAGCACUGUGGAAAGCCCGUCAUCGACGUCCGGGUGGGCAUGCAGUAUUUCUCCGAGUACAGCAACGUGCAGCAGUGUCCACACUGCGGCAAUCUGGACUAUCACUUUGUCAAGCCAUUCUCCUCCUUCAAAGUUCUCGAAGCCUAUUGACGAAAGUUGUCAUUGCAUGCUAGUUUGCUUUUUUCUAUUCAUAGGUAUCUUAUUUGGAAACUUUUUUUUUCCUCUGGUGGGUUUUAGUUCCAGAUUUAAAACGGUAGGAGAGAAAGUGAAAUGAUGGUGGGUGAAAUAAUCGCGGAGGAAAGGGGCGAGGGGGCGCUUCACUAUCUGUUCCUAAGACAUUCUUUAAAAGAUUCUCAUCUGGCAUUUGAAACCCCAAAAGCAACAAAAAUACUGUGACAAGUGAAUGUAUCUGUAUGCCAAAUUUGCUCUUUUUGUACAAAAAGUAAAACAAUAAAAUACAUAAAAUUGUAAACAUCUGCUCUUUUCCUGCUGUCGUUCACACUCCAUUUCAUCUUAGAUGCCUUUUCCGCCACCGUCGAUUCGUAUGUGGCCGUUUGAUCUAAUAUCAGUUUAUACAUAAAUGACAAAAUUAAUGAACUCGUCCCUCCCUGGGCCACCUAGAUAAUUAUUACUUUCCAUAUCAAAUGGCUUCUCUCAGUAAGGCUGCGCAUUAAUGGAGAUGGACAGCUCUUUUGAUAUGGCUAAUGAGGAGCAGUGUAAUUUAAACCUCCCUUUUUAGUCGUAUCAGUCUUUGAAGACAGAGAGGCCAUAGAGUAUGAGAUGAAUGAACGAGUGAACCAUCUGAUGUUUCGGGCUGCUUUUACAUGCGAUGGCUGGAAGGCA